AUGGCUCUCACUGCAGUCAACACAUCAGUAUCAACCAUUCCCAAUGGCGGCAUUGUUCACGAAGGUGGCAUUGGCCCUUACUUUUCUCAAAACAUUGAAGAGACAGAGUUCAAGCUAAAUGAAAAGAAGCAGAACCUGCGACGACUGGAGGCACAGCGCAACGCGCUUAACGCCAAAGUGCGUCUGUUAAAAGAAGAGCUGCAGCUACUGCAAGAACCUGGGUCAUAUGUGGGCGAAGUUGUGAAGGUUAUGGGUAAGAGUAAAGUUCUUGUGAAGGUGCACCCUGAGGGCAAGUACGUGGUGGACAUUGACCCAGAUAUUGAUAUCAAGAAGGUGACACCAAGCUUACGCGUGUGCCUGAGAUCGGACUCUUAUAAACUUCACCAGAUUCUGCCCAAUAAGGUUGACCCACUUGUUUCACUGAUGAUGGUGGAAAAGGUCCCUGAUAGUACAUUUGACAUGGUGGGAGGUCUCGACAAACAGAUUAAGGAGAUUAAGGAAGUGAUUGAGUUGCCUGUUAAGCACCCGGAACUUUUUGAGUCUCUUGGUAUUGCUCAACCUAAGGGUGUUAUUUUGUACGGUCCUCCUGGUACUGGUAAGACACUUCUUGCGCGUGCAGUGGCUCAUCAUACUGAAUGCAAGUUUAUUCGUGUUAGUGGUUCUGAGCUUGUUCAGAAGUACAUUGGUGAAGGUAGCCGCAUGGUUCGAGAGUUAUUUGUGAUGGCACGCGAGCAUGCGCCUUCAAUUAUCUUUAUGGAUGAGAUUGACUCUAUUGGAUCUUCGCGUGUGGAGGGCAGUUCUGGUGGUGACUCUGAGGUACAGCGAACAAUGCUUGAACUUCUGAACCAGUUGGAUGGUUUUGAGUCUUCUAAAGACAUUAAAAUUAUUAUGGCAACUAACAGACUUGACAUUUUGGAUCCGGCACUGCUCCGUCCUGGAAGAAUUGAUCGUAAGAUUGAAUUCCCACCACCAACUGUUGAAGCCCGUACGGAUAUUUUGCGUAUUCAUUCUCGAUCAAUGAACUUAACAAGAGGCAUUAAUCUGCGGAAAAUUGCAGAGAAGAUGAGUGGAAGUUCUGGUGCUGAAGUUAAGGGUGUUUGUACAGAGGCUGGUAUGUAUGCUCUACGUGAGCGUCGUAUCCAUGUUACACAGGAAGACUUUGAGUUGGCAGUUGCUAAGGUCAUGUCCAAGAAUGAGGAGGGCCAUAUUUCACAAGCCAAGUUUUUCAAGUAA